CUGGCGGCGGCGGCCGGUCCGGGCCCUUCCGGUGGCGGCGGGGGCCGGACCCGCCGGUCCCGGCGAGAGGCCCCGCCCCCCAUGGGCAUGGCCCCGCCCUCCCGGCCCCUCCCCUCCCGGUAACGGCGGCGGCGACCGGGAGGCGCCCCCGGACCCCCUCAAGCGGCAACGGCGGCGCGCGGGGCCCAUCGGGGACCAGUAACGACCAGUGGCUCCUCCCAGUGUCCCCCGGUGUCCCCCAACGGACCCCCCCGGUGACCCCCGGUGUCCCCCGGUGUCCCCCCAGCCGGUGUCCCCCCGAACUCUCCGGUCCUGGGCACUGGGAGGGACUGGGGGGCACUGGGAGGUGCCGGCGGGGCCGAGGGGAACCGGGGAGCUCCGGGGUCGGUGCCCGGUUCCCGGUGCCGGUGCCCGGUUCCCAGUUCCUGAUGCCGGUUCCCAGUUUCCGUUGCCGGAUCCCAGUUCCCGGUGCCGGUUCCCAGUUCCCGGCUCUCUGGUGCCGGUUCCCGGCUCCCAGUGCCAAUUCCCGGUGCCGGUUCGCGGUUCCCGGUGCCGGUUCCCAGUUUCCGAUGCCGGUUCCCAGUUCCCAGUGCCCGGUUCCCAGUUCCCGGCUCUCUGGUGCCGGUUCCCGGUGCCGGUUCGCGGUUCCCGGUUCCCGGUGCCGGUUCCUAGUUUCCGAUGCCGGUUCCCAGUUCCCAGUGCCCGGUUCCCAAUUCCCGGCUCUCUGGUGCCGGUUCCCGGUGCCGGUGCGCGGUUCUCGGUUGCUGGUGCCGGUUCCCGGCUCCCAGUGCCUGGUUCCCGGUUCCUGGUGCCGGUUCCCGGCUCCCAGUGCCGGUUCCCGGUGCCGGUUCCCGUCUCCCAGUGCCAGUUCCCGGUGCCGGUUCGCGGUUCCCGGCUCCCAGUGCCGGUUCCCGGUGCCGGUUCGCGGUUCCCGGUGCCCGGUUCCCGGCUCUCCGCUGCCGGUUCCCGGUGCCAUUCCCGGUGUCGGUUCCCGCUGCCAUUCCCGGUGCCGGUUUCCCCAUUCCCGGCUCUCCGGUGCGGUCCCGCCCCCCGCCCCGCCCCUCUCCGCCGCCGCCGCCGCCGCCGCCGCCCUUUGUCCGUGGCCUCGGGCCCCGCCAUGGCGCCGCGGUGAUGCGCGGCGGGGCCGGCCCGGGGGCGGCGGGGCCGAGCGCGACCGGGAGCCCCAUGCGGGGGCCGCCGCCAUGGGGCAGGUCCUGGGCUUCGCCCACUGCAAGGAGGCUCCGUCCACGGCCUCCACCACGCCGGACUCCACCGAGGGCGGCAGCGAGGACUCGGCGUUCCCCGAGCUGCCGGCGCCGGAGCCCCCCGAGGAGGAGGAGGAGGAUGAGGAUGAGGACGAAGAGCGGGCGGCGGCCUGGGGGGACCCCCGGGGACCCCCCCGGGACCCCCCCCGGGAGCUCACCUUCUCCUACAUCGCUUUCGGGGGCGGGGGCGGCGCCCCCCAGCCCGAGCCGGGGCCCCGCGCCCGCCGCGACCCCCGCCGGGGCCGCGCCCCCCGCCUGAGCUCGGGGGGCUCCCCCCGGGGGCCGGACCCCCGAGCGGCCGCCAGGGCCCCCCCGAAACGUCCCGGGGAGCCCCCGGCCCCCCCCGAGGGGACCCUGGCGGACCGGGGUGGGGGCGAGGCUGAGGAGACCCCCGGGAGCCCGGCAGCCCCCGCGCCCCUCCCCCCCCCGCCGCCAGGGGGCGCCCCGCGCCCGCCCCCCCCGGAGCCCCCUCCGGCCUCGGCCCCGCCCCCGCCGCCCUCGGACCAAUCAGCGAGCGCGGCGGGCGCUGACGGACAGGUGUGGGAGCUGCUGUACUGGCGGGCGCCCGAGCGCUCGGCGCUGGCCUUACUGGUGGCACUGGUGGCCCUGGGGUGCCUGUCCCGCUUCAGCGCCGUCUCGGUGGGCGCCCACGCCGCGCUGGCCGUGCUGGCCGUCACCGUCCCCCUGCGCCUGCGCCAGCUGGCCCUGAGGGCGCUGAGCCCCCCGCCCCCCGAGCCCCCCGCGCGGCCGCCGCCCUCGGGGCCGCUCAGCGCGGAGCAGCAGCAGCGCUGGGCGCGGUGCCUGGCGCGGCACGCGGUGACGGCCACCCGCACCCUCACCCGCCUCUUCCUCGUCCACAGCGUCCCCGAGUCCCUCAAGUUCGCCUUCCUGUUCUACCUGCUGACCUACGUGGGGGCCGUGUGCAACGGGCUGACGCUGCUGGGAGCGGGUGUCGUCUGCGCCUUCACCUUCCCCGUGCUCUACCGGCGCCACCAGGCCCAGAUUGACCAGUACACGAGCCUGGCCAGGAGCCACCUGAGCCACCUGCGAGCCAGGCUCCUGGCCAAGCUCCCCAGUGCCAAAGCCAAGCCGCAGUGACGCCCCCGGCCCCGCCCCCCCCCCCCCGAGGUGACAGCGAGGGGGGAGGGGCGAGGCCGGGGGGGGAGGAGGGGUCCCCGCACCCCUCCCCCACCCCCCCCUCCCCUCCCCCCCCACCACCGCCCCCCGUGUCCUUCCCCUCCCCCCCUCACGCUGGGGAGGGGUCACUUUAAUAAAAACUCUUGUGACA